UUGUGUCUUGUUGCUUGUUUCAUGUCUCUUUGUGGUUGUUUUGUGUCUUGUUGCUUGUUUCAUGUCUCUUUGUGGUUGUUUUGUGUCUUUUUGCUUGUUUCAUGUCUUUUUGUGGUUGUUUUGUGUCUCUUGGAUAUUUUGCAGCUCAUGUUGUGGUAUUCUUUAGAUAUGUGUGGCCCAGUAUUAUUAAUGUAUCAUAAUAAUCCCUCCGUAUGAAUCACCAGACAGUUUGCUGCUCCCUUCGAUGCUCAGAUUCUUCCAUCAUUCAGCUGCCGGUUCAACCGGUUCCCCUGAACAACGAGGCGUUCUCUCCGCUUUGUUCCUCAACAUCUGAGACUACAAGUUGUGAAACAAGUAAAGAAAAUAACCAGGAGCCUGAACGCAGCGCCUACUGUCAGAAUGUGGUUUUUCAUGUGGUUCAGUCCUGAGUCAGCGGGGCGCAGCUCCAGACUCACAGCUGCUCCACCCGGCCCACGGCUCACCAGGGCUUCACCUGGGGGGGGGGGCGGGACUUGUUGCUAGUCUCCAAACCGAAGCCCGAGCUGCGUUCAGAGGACGCUCCGCCACGCCGCUGUCACACGACGUCAAGUGAAGCCGCCGAGCCGCCGCCAUCAUGCCCCAGAACGCCGAGGCCCACUCCCACACGCUGACCACCAACCGCAACUGCACGGUGGAGAUCACCAACGUGAGCACCACCUUCUGCCUCGUCAACCCAAAGGUGCACAUGGAAAGCGGCUUCGUCUACAACCCCCCGCAGCCGACCCUGCGCACCAACCUGACGGAGCUGUGCUCCUUCACCAAGGACGACAACACGGCGACGGGCGCCGUGGGGGUCAUGACCUACGAGCUGUUCAACAUGCGCAACCGCCACUGCAACGAGGUGGUGGCCGUCAUGUUCUCGGUGCCCUUUGACUACACCUUCUACAAGAACUGGCUGGCCGUGGGCGUGUUCGAGCACACGCGCGCCUGCGACGCCGAGCUGUUCGACCACAUGUACAACGGGAAGGACUUCACCAACUUCGUGCGCCAGGAGGCCGACGGCUCCGGGGUCACGUACCGCGGCCGCGGGGUGGACGUCAGGGCCUGCAUGUCGAACGAGGGCCGGGCCAUCAUCAAGCUGGAGCUGUACGACAAGAUGGGCUGACCAGUGUGUGUGUGUGUGUGUGUGCGCACACCGAGCUUUUAAUGAGAAAUAAAACUAUUAAUAAGGA